CUUAAAAUUAAAGAAAAUGGCUGAACUUUCGCAAACUUUGACCCUAUUAAGCGAGAAAGCGAAGCAUGCAACUGAAGAAAUAGCAAAAUUGAAAUUGCUUCAUGAAAAGAUCAAUACAAAUUGCUCGCAAUUCAAAGAAAAAUUGAGCGCACAAAUUGAUGCCUUAAUUGAACAAUUGCAAGAAAAGAAAAAAAUUUUCUUACAACAUGUUGAAAAUGAAAGAAAUUAUAAGAGACGAGUUUUUAAGGAACAAAUAAGCAGAUGUACGGGAAAACUUUCAAGAACUACCGCUUUGAUACAGUUUUGCAUUGAAAUAUUAAAAGAACCAGAUCCUGUGACUUAUCUUCAGGUUAGCAAUGCAUUAAUAAAUCGUGCAACUACUCAAGAAUUCCUCUGGCAUAAGGAAAUGCAGACCAAACCUGAGGUUGAUACAGAAUUCGUGCUUAAUAUUGAUGCUACACAUCUACGAUACGCUAUUGAAUGCCUCGAUUUUGCACAACUUAAAGUUCCAAAUCGACCAAUAAUUCAAACCGCUGAAUGUUCGGCCGAAAACAAUUCAGUAACCGUAGUCUGGAAAGCAGCCGACAAAAGUUGUGGGACUGAUGGUUACAUUCUGGAAAUCGAUUCAGGCAAUGAUGAUGGGCUUUUCAAGGAGGUAUAUUGCGGACCGGAUACGAUCUGUACGAUUGAUGGUCUUCAUUUUAAUACCGUUUAUAAUGCGCUGGCUUGGUUUCAACUUUGCAAGUCACCAUCGAUUGUUGAGUUGCAUUUGUCUAAUGAAUCCAUGUCAGUAAGUGGAAGUUCGAUGGAGUAUCGCUGCAUUUUAGGCUCAAUCGCUUUUUCGAGAGGUGUCCAUUAUUGGGAAGUUACCGUUGAUCGCCAAGACGGUAAUGGUGAUAUUGUCGUUGGUGUAGCUCAGUCAUCGAUUAAUCUUCAAACUAUGCUAGGUAAAGAUUUACAUGGUUGGUCGAUGUAUAUUGAUGGUGAGCGAUCCUGGUUCCUUCAUAAUGAAACACACCAUAGCCGCAUCGCUGGUGGUAUACGGACUGGUUCAGUUAUAGGUAUUUUAAUGGAUUGCGAUCAUGGCUCUUUAGCUUUUUACCUUGACGAUCGUCGAAGGGAAUUUGAUGGGCAACGCUUUGCAUUCAGAAAUAUGCCUCGAGGUCUAUAUUAUCCGGCCUUUAGUGUUAAUCGUAAUUCAAUGAUUACGGUUCAUACGGGUUUACCUCCACCUAUUAACUCAAGCAGUGACGAUUCAAACAGCGAUUAA